GCGAUAAGAAGGACGCUGGUACUCUACACCUUUUCGUCCACGGAUGCGCAAUAUUUAGAUAAUUUAAAGUUCUUCGUAAAUGAAGGUAUCAGGGGAUCUGAUGAUUCCAACUACAUCAUUAUUCAACAACAGGAUGGUGGGCUUGAUUCUAUCAAACAACUCCCUCGGCUUCCGAGCAAUGCACGAUACGUGACACACAAGAACGCCUGUUAUGACUGGGGGACGUUUGGUUGGGCGCUAUUACAAAUUGGAUCUGGGCUUCAUAAUUACAGCUACUUUGUCUUUAUAAACGCCUCUGUCCGCGGCCCUUACCUUCCGACCUACUGGCCGAGAGGGUGGCAUUGGAGCAAGAUCCUUACCACUCGUCUUAAUUCUAAGACCAAGCUUGUCGGAAGCACAAUCAGUUGCCAGUGUUGGCUUCGAGAUGGUGAUGAUCCUGAUCAACAACGAUGCAAUCCACACGUGCAAAGCUAUUUGAUGGCAACAGAUCAGGCACGUACACUACAUAACACCAGUAGUUGCAACGCAGGUGUUGGCUUACAGCUUUUGCUUAAGGACAGACGCGUGUUUCGUUGCCACAAGAGCAUGAGCUCAGCAAUCUACGAUGCUGAAGUAGGUGCUUCAAGAGUGAUUCUUGGAGCUGGUUUCACCAUCGAUUCAUUGAUGUUGCGAUACAGAGAUUUGGAUUGGACGGACAAGAGAAAUUGGGAUUGCAAUGCUAGGACAAACCCCACCAGUGAAUUUUCGUAUGAUGGUAUCCAAAUAAAUCCUUUGGAGGUUCUUUUUGUGAAAGUGAAAAGCUUCCAUUUGGAAAGCGAGUGGGUCUCGACUCAACUUGCUGUAACGUAUGAUCGAUGGCGGCUUAAUCAGGGGGUGCCUGGAGGUGUCUCAACAAAUGAAAUGAUCAAUUUUGAAAAAAACUUGAAAAUGGCGAGAAUGGCAAAAAUGCGUCUUCGUGGUAAUGAUUGUUUUGACUUCGAUUAUUUUCGUGAUAACUUGCCGGUUGACUCAAAGGGACUUCGGAGGAAUGCCCUUUGGGACUUAUUUGUGGAACAAGAUCAAUUUUCUGGUAGACCGUUCAGGUGA